AUGUCUUCUCAACCUCUUCGUCUAAGUGACGUCAUCAAAAUAACAAUUUGUGGAGGUUCAUAUCCCCCAGAUAUUGACAAAGUAAAAUCAAUAUCAGAUUUUAUGAGGAUGAAUGUAGAAGCUCCAUUAGGAUUGUCUGAACAAUCAAUGUUAUUAAUGAAAAAGUAUAAACAUAAAGAGUUAACAGAAGUUCAAAUGUUAUGUCUGUUAGAAAUUAUCGAUUAUACAGUUAAGCAUCAGUCUGUAUUUAGAAUAGAAGUAGGUGAACUUGAAUUUAUACGACAUAUGCAGAUAUUAGCAAAAUUUAAAAAAGAAGGUGUGUUAGAUGAAAUUCAAAUGAAAGCAAGAAAAAUGAUUGCAGAAUGGGGGUUUGAAUUUCCAUAUGAAUUAAAUGAGUAUAUGAAAAUAUAUGAAAAGAAUAAAAAGGCAUUUAAUUGUCUUGAUAUUCAAAUGAAUUAUCCACAAUUAACUGAAAAUUUAGAGCAAAUAGAAUUUGAAAAGUAUGUACAUAAAAUUCAAAAAUGUAUAAAGAAAUGUUCUGUUCAAAUGAUCUCACCAAAUGAACACUUUGAUUCUGUGUUAGAAGAAGCAAAAAAGUUAUCAAAAAAAUUUGAAGAAUUAAUUGAAAAUAUUAACGGUUUUAAAAAGAACGAAUAUUCAGACUUACUGAGUAUUUUAAAUGAUAAAAGACACCGUCUUAAUGAAAUGAAAAAAGUUAAACCAACAAGUCAACAUGGAUAUUUAUCUUUAAAUGAUAUAGAACCUAAAAUUUCAAAAACUAAACAAAACCCUCACCAUCAUCACAAAAAAAGAAAAGAAAGUGCUCCAUUUAUUGAUAUUAAACCAAUUCAACAAAAUGAAUACCAACAAAAACAAUCAUCACAAGAACCAAUGAAUAUUUAUUCUAUUCCCGAUCCAAAAACCCCUCGAGAAACAUCAUCUCACUUUGUCACAGUACCAACAAAUAAAGAUAAUGUUCCAAUGUAUUGUGUCGAAACUGAAAUAAAAGAACCUCAUCUUCAUAAAAUACAUUUGGCUUCACCUCCAAGAAAAAGAGCUAUGAGUGCAAGUGCUCAAGCAUUACCGUAUUUAGGAACAACAAACCAAAACGUUUCAUUACUUUAA